UAUCGAUCCAAGAGAAGAGAAGAGAGGAGAAUUGGAAAUGGCAAAGCUCAAGCUCUCCGGGGCUGCCGUGCUGCUCAUCGUCGUGGUGCCCCUCUUCAUGUACACCGGUGCUCUCCUCAUCGGCAUCCAGCUCGGGCGUGCGCUCGAGAGGAGGCCGGACAGCGGCGGCGUCAGCUUCAGCAUCCGAGGGCCCUCGCCUACCUCGCCAAGGAGCUUUGGGAUUCUAACAGGAAUAUUUGGGGAUCUGGAGGGCGGCGAGGCAGAGGCAGGGAUGGAAGCAGGGUAGAGCAGGUGGUGUGGGUGCCCUUUCCGGCGAGCCGCAGCAUUCGUGAUGAAAGCUCGGCAGCUAAUACUAAGCAGCCGAAGCAUCCAGUGUCGCCAUCGGUUGUCCAAGGCCGAGAUAAUACUAGCACUGCUAAUAACCCCAAGGCCCACACAAACCAUACUUGGCCUGGUGGCGUGAUCAGCGUUGGGCCAUGGGGUGGAUCCGGCGGGCAGCCGUUCUACAUGCGCGGCCCCGUCGCUCCUCGCCUCCGUAGCAUCAUCUUGCACCACUCCAUCAGUGGCAUCCACUCCUUGGCCUGCGAGUACUCCCUCGCCGGAGAUGAAGCAGCAGCCAACCGAAUCCGAACGGCGGGUCCGUGGGGCCGCCACCAAUCCGCCGAGUUACAUCGUUCCACGAUCAAGCUGUCUGCCGGCGAGCAUGUCACUGCAGUGGAGGGCACGAUCGGGCGUUUCGGAGGCGUCCCCGAUCUUGUCAUCACCUCGCUGACGUUCCGCAGCAGCACCGGCAGGACGUACGGGCCGUACGGCAACACGGCGGCGGCGGGAACGCCAUUAUUCUCUCUGCCGGUUGCGGACGGCGCCGGCAUCGUCGGCUUCUGGGGACGCUCCGGAUGGCUUCUUGAUGCCAUUGGGGUCUACGUCAAGCCAAGCUCCUCGAUCGUCAAACCCGGCCGGCUACAAGAUCGACAAUACACCACCAUGGAUAUGAUGAAAUAAACUAUAUAUCCUGCUUGUGCUCAUAGAUGAUGUUCCUCUGCACGAUGAAGAGCUAAACAGAAACAGAGCACGUGUAGGGCCAAAAGGUGAUAGCAUUUCAUUUGGUUUUGAGACAAGCGUGAUGACUUUAUCUGAAGGAAGAAUGCAAAAAAAAAAAUGCCGCUAUGUAUAUAAUAAAUUCUUAUGGUAA